UAGUCAUUACAUCGAGCACCUGUUGUGUACUUGGUUUCCUCUCGAAUCCCAAACCUAGGCAUCAAUACAUAUACACACAUAAAUAUAUUAAAUUAUUCGCAUAUAGUUUUGAGUUUGCGAGUAGGGAUGAUAUUGCCAGUGUUCAAGCUGGGCACACUUGCACUGAAAACGCUAUGCAAACCCAUUGGCAAACGCAUCAAAAAAGAGGCGGGCCUAAACCCCAAGUUCAGGCAAUCCAUAAUCAACAUUGCCCAGGCUAACCACCGGUUCACAACAACUCUGCAAAGACAGAUUUAUGGUCAUGCAACAAAUGUCGCAAUUCGUCCUCUAAAUGAAGAAAAAGCUGUUCAGGCUGCUGCAGACCUC